CCAGCCCCCGGUUCCGGAACCCCGUGAUGUCACAGGGCAACCAGGGCGACCCUGGCUAUUUACCUUCAAAAGCAGGACUCGCUUCAGAUAUGGAGUUUGUCACGGGCUACCGGGCAGAGAUCCUGGACUUUGCAGAGCUGCUCUUUGGCUGGUAUCGGCGCUUCCUGCUGGACUCGGCCGGCCGCGGGGGCAGCGAGAGGCGCAAGCGACAGGAAGCCUCCCUCCGGCGCCUGCCUCCGGAUCCGGCCCUGUGGGUCUUGCACGUGCUGGCCAACCGCACCCUGGCCUUCACCAUCCCCGACCCCGAGCAGCAGGUGGGGAGCCGCUUCUACAGCGAGGAGGCGCUGGGCCUGAGGGAUCUGGAUCGCUUCAUCACCUUCGUGAGCACCGGGGAGGAGGAGGAGGAAGAGGAGGCCGCACCCUCGGAGGCAGCCCAGCCCCUCUGGCGCGUCGACCACCUCUUGCUCCUGACGGACGAGCACAGCACCAUCCUGGGCUUCGACUUCUUGCUGGGGGGCCCAUCGGGGGCCUCUGGGCGGGAGCCCCUAGAGGCCCGCGCUGUCGCUCUCCUCUGCCACAGCAUGGCCUGCCCCCUGGGGGCUGGGGAGCCCCGCCGACCCAAGGCGCUCACUGUGGGAGACCCCGCCCUGCACAGGGCCCUGGAGCCGCAGCUCUCUCGGCUGGGAGUGAAAACGGGCCAGGGGCCGAAGCCCACCUUCACCUUCCCCACCACGCGCGUGCGAGCCUGCCACGUCUGCAAGCGGCACAGCUUCGAGGGCCAAGUCACCGCAUGCCAGCACUGCCAGGCCGUCCUCUACUGCUCCGAACGGUGCCGCAAGCUGGACUGGAGUCGCAGCCCUGAGGACAUCGGCCACCAGUUCUGGUGCCAGCGCAUGGCCAGGUAUAUGAGCCACGCCCCGGAGCUCGCCAACCUGCCCUUCACCUUCACCACAGAGGUGACCAGUGAGAAUUUCAACAAGGAAGGCUUCCUGUCUGCCCGGGGCCUGACCCGAGGAUACUGGGCCGGGGAGAGCAUGCUGGUCCGGGCGCCUGACUACGGCGUGGGGCUGCUGGGGGGCAGCAGUGGGGCUGAGGAGCCCCUGACCUUCCUGCACAGUGGGAACCCCUUUGAGGGCCUGCGGCCAGAAGGAGGGACAGCUCUGCCCCCCGCCCCCUCGGAGCCCCCAGCCCCACGGACCUUCUUCGGCUCCUGGAAAGAAUACUACCAGUGGCGGGGCCUGCCCCUGGGGGCCCCCCUGGCCGUCCUCCUCAGCUACCCCCUGACCGCCUACUACAUCAUCACCCAGCUGGCCCCCCAGCACUUUCCAGAGCUGAACAUCCUGAACAAGCAGUCGCUCCGCAUCCACGUGGUCGAGGCGGGCAGGGAGUUCGGCGUCCUCAUGGUCUUCUGGGAGCUGUCGGUCCUCCUGCCUCACGUCUCCCUGGAGCUGCUCUUUGUGGGGGGCGCCCUGCCCCCCGAGCUCGACGGCCAGCAGUUCCUUCUGCAAAGAGACGAGGACCAGGGCGUCUCGGUGCAGGCUGGGGGAGCGGCCAGAUCCAAAGGGGGCCGCCGGGAGCUGCAGCUGGGCUUCAGUGCCCGCCCCUACCACCUCCUGCAGGCCCCCAAGCCCGACCUGGUCAUCGGGUUCAACUCUGGCUUUGCCCUCAAAGAGACUUGGCUGAGUUCUCUGCCUCGACUCCAGUCCCUUCGGGUCCCGGCCUACUUCACCGAAUGCAGCGAAUACAGCUGUGCUGUGGAUGAGGCAGCUGUCUCCAUGGCAACGGGGGGCACUGCCAGCCCCGCCCACAUGAACCCCUUCCGCUCACCCUUUCGCCAAGCUGGCAUCGACAACGCCAUGCCCUGGUACGCCAAUGCCUUCAUCUUCCACCUGAUCUACAAGGCGGCCACCACCAACCACCGCCAGACUCCUGCCCCGCCUUCCCCGCCUCUGCCAGCCAAUGGCAACCCGGAACCCACACGUAGCCGGCGCAAGGAGAAGAGGCAGGCCCGCACUGGAGGGCGCCGGCGCAAAUGAUGCUUGUGGGGAGGGAGAAGAAAUAAAGGAGGGGACCUCC